AUGCCAUUGCAGCAGUACUCCCCAAUGUCAGAAGAUUCGGACGAUUACAGAUUCUGCAGUGAGACGACUUCAGCAAACAACGCUUGCAGCUCAUCCCAGCCUGAAAGCAUUCCAACCAGUCCAGUAUCUCCAUAUCGAUACCAAAGAGGUUUCUACUGUGCUGCUUCUCCCACACACACCUGCAUAGCGAGCACCCAGCUGCGGCAGCCGCGAGGUUCAGACUCCGAGGGCCGUUUCCCAUCCUCCCCAAGCGACAUUUGUCACUCGGCUGACUUGAGGAGGGCUGCCCUGCUGCGGUCGGUGCAGAUGAGAACGCAACCACCUGGACCAUCAUCCGACGAACUGCCGUUCGCGUCAGGACAAGAGCUUCACGCCCCUAACAUAGAGACCGAGGAGAGGCCAUGUUCUUACAUGAAGCCCAUGGUUGAAGACGAGAGGGAAUAUCAUAUCGAGGAUUGUUCUCCCAUGAAAAUCUCGGCACCUGAGAUUCGUAGCGAGUCUGAAUCACGUGCUGAUGAUGAAGUGAAAGCAGACGUGCCUAGAUGCUAA